AUGCAACGUCAUGACCAAGUUAUUCAACUUUCAGAUCAUAUUAAAAAUAAACUUAAACAAUACCAGUAUCCAACAGAAUCAUCAUCAUUAAUUAAUUCAUCUAAUGAAUAUAAAGAAACUAACGAUACUAGCAAUGACAAUGAUUCAUUACAUUUCACAUCAUCUGAAAAUGUAACUCGUCCACGUCAUGAUACAUUUACUACUUAUCAAGUUACACAACCAUCUGAAUUAUUUUUUACUGAAGAAAAAUCGAAUCAAAUUACAAAUGUUUCUGUUCUUCAAGACGAAUAUAAAAAACAACACGAAUGUCAAGAAUGUAUUCGUCGUAAUCAUAUAAUUCAUAUUGAGCGUCAAAAAUGUUUACGUCUUUAUGAAGAAAAUAAAAAAUUAAAUGAACAACUUCGUUCAUCUAUUCUACGAAAUAAUCAAUAUGAAAAAGAUAUUCAAAAAUUAAAAUAUCAUUUAACAACAAUGAAUUCUCAUCUUGAUGAAUAUCAAAUUAAUUUUGAUCAGCUCAAACAAAAAAUUAAACUGUGUAAUGUUGAAUUACUGUAUUCUCUUAUAGGUAUCAGCAUACGAUUAGAUAGAAUUGUAUCUGAUCCAAUCUUUACCAGAAAUUUAACAUUAUUAAGAUAUAUGUCAAAUGAUCUUAUUUAUCCAUUAGUUGACACAGUAGUUGAUCGAUUUUGUUCACAAAUAUUACCUCAAAUACAUUAUAAAAUCAAUACACUUAAUCUUGAAUCAUUAUCCUUGGAACGUAUUCUUCUUGCUGCUGAUUAUCCUAAUUUACAUAGUCUUGAACUUUACAAUGUUGAUGAGAAGACUGCUGAACGUGUUUUCUCAAGUAAGAUAUUUCAUUACGAUUGUUUUUAA